AAAAAAACUCCCGCGGCAUGAGUUUCGCCGCCAUUUUGCAUCAGACCUAUUGAAAAGAGUGAGGUAGCAGACACGGCGGGAUUUGGCCACUUUAUCCUCUUUCAGUACAUUUCCCUCUGGAUUUAUCCCAACACAAUCCGACAUAUUAACGGACAGGUCCCGGAGACAUGGCCACGGAGCAUAUAAAUGGAAAUGGUACGGAUGAACCGGUGGAGUCUUCAGCGGCAGUUACCCAUUCAGAGCACUUCCAGACGCUACUAGACGCCGGCUUACCUAGACAAGUUGCAGUCAAACUAGAUGAGAUUUACAUAGCAGGACUCGUGUCUCACAGCGAUCUGGACGAUCGAGCGAUCGGAGCGCUGAAAGAGUUCAACGAGGAGGGAGCGCUGCAGGUCCUCCUGCAGUUCAAAGACAGCGACCUGUCGCAUGUUCAGAAUAAAAGUGCCUUCCUCUGUGGAGUGAUGAAGACGUACAGGCAGAGGGAGAAGCAGGGGACCAAAGUGUCAGACUCCACUAAAGGACCAGAUGAGGCCAAAAUCAAAGCUUUGCUCGAGAGGACUGGCUAUACGCUUGAUGUGACGACGGGCCAGCGCAAGUAUGGCGGCCCUCCUCCAGGGUCGACCCACGCUGGAGUUCAGCCCAGCGUCGGCACGGAGAUUUUUGUGGGAAAGAUCCCGAGAGAUCUCUUUGAGGAUGAGCUAGUCCCUCUGUUUGAGAAAGCCGGACCCAUCUGGGAUCUGCGUCUGAUGAUGGACCCGCUCAGCGGACUGAACCGAGGAUACGCCUUCAUCACCUUCUGCACUAAAGAGGCCGCUCAGCAAGCUGUCAAACUCUGUAACAACAAUGAAAUUCGUCCCGGGAAGCACAUCGGUGUGUGCAUCUCUGUCGCCAACAAUCGUCUGUUUGUGGGGUCCAUCCCCAAGAGCAAAACUAAGGAGCAGAUCGUGGAGGAGUUUGCCAAAGUUACCGAGGGCUUAAACGACGUCAUCUUGUAUCAUCAGCCUGAUGACAAGAAGAAGAAUCGCGGCUUCUGCUUCUUAGAGUACGAGGAUCAUAAAACGGCAGCCCAGGCACGGCGUAGACUAAUGAGCGGCAAGGUGAAGGUUUGGGGGAAUGUGGUGACUGUAGAGUGGGCCGAUCCCAUAGAAGACCCCGACCCCGAAGUCAUGGCUAAGGUAAAAGUCCUCUUUGUAAGAAACCUGGCCAGUACCGUAACGGAAGAGCUUCUGGAGAAGACGUUCUGUCAGUUUGGCAAACUGGAAAGGGUUAAAAAGCUUAAAGACUACGCCUUCAUCCACUUUGAAGAGCGAGAUAGUGCUGUUAAGGCUCUAGCUGAAAUGCACGGGAAGGAUUUGGAAGGGGAACAAAUUGAAAUCGUCUUUGCAAAGCCGCCUGAUCAGAAGAGGAAAGAGCGAAAGGCCCAGAGACAAGCUGCUAAAACUCAAAUGUAUGACGAGUAUUAUUACUACGGGCCGCCGCAUAUGCAUCCCCCGACGAGAGCAAGAGGACGAGGCGCCCGAGGAGGUUAUUCGUAUCCCCACGACUAUUACAGCUAUGAAGAUUAUUACGAUUACUACGGCUAUGACUAUCACAACUACAGAGGCGGUUACGACGACCCCUACUACGGCUACGAUGACUUUCAAGCUCACGUCAGAGGAAGGGGCAGCAGAGGAGCCCGGGGCCCCACACUGUCCAGGGGCCGCGGCUCCACCGGCAGCAGGGGCCGGGCCGGUUUCUCUCAGCGUGUGGGUCCGGGGGCCAGCCGAGGCGGUCGGGGGUCCAGAGGAGGCGUCCAGCAGAGAUGUCGAGUGGCACCUUGUGGACGAAACGGACCAAAGGUUUGCACUUUCUGCUCUUUCAUUCCUGGAAAUUCACGGCACUUAUGUACACUGAUUUUAUAAUUUUUUUUUUUUUUUUUUUUUCUUCUUCUGCAUAUGCAAAGUGUCUUCAUCGAGAAGUACUCAACUGUGUAGCACAAGCUGUGCUUCGGUCUGAGCGAUAUAGCUUAAACGGCUGUAGUUUUUGGGUUUUAUGUUUUGAGUAUUUGCUGGUGAUGCACCGUAGUUAGUUUCCAGCGUAGAGAGCCAAAAACGGUGACGUUUAAUAAGCUCUUCUCCAUUUCGACCGUAUUGGUGUCUCUUUAAUGUGCAAAUGUGGAUAAACUACAACAGGUAAACAUGUCUGGGGUUACAAAUGAAGUAACUUAUCGACCUUCAUUUUGUUGAACCGACAUCUUUUAGUCUGUUUCCCAGUCCCCGUUUAAAUGUUUCAACGAUGAUUAAUAAGUAAAACCUAUUAUAUUGUUAAAUAGGUCUUGAUUACAAUUUAAGUGUUUAUAUACAAGUCAGUUUUGGAGUGUUGUUUGUUAAAUAAUGACUAGUGGUUGAUUGUUUAACUUCUUGUUUUUGGUGUUCAGGUUUUCAAAAAAUGAAAACCUUUUUAAUUUCAAUUAAAAACAAAACAAAUUGCUUUGAAAUAGCUUAUGUGUGCCUUUCCCUAAUCAGAACAACCGUUUUAGCAGAUUGCAAUCUCUAAAUAAAAAAAUAAUAUAUGGGAACUAAAAGGUUCACGCAUUGAAUUAAAUGUGUAAAUUAAGUAGGACUCAAAUAUUUUCUUGUGAAACGUAAUCCAAGUAAAAGUCUAUUUUAUUGUAUGAAAAUGCUGACUGAUGGAUUAUGCAUUUGAAUCUGAUUUAAAAUAGUUCAAAAUAAUCAUUUUAUUAGUUUUUUCUUGUUCAAAACACACAUAAGCUAGUCUAGAGACUGACUCAUGGGAAACUUCAUGGUCGCUGUUUUGUAAAUAUUCUGUCUAAGAUUUAAUCGGUGAGAGCAACAGGUGCACUUUCAUCAAAAUCAGUCCUGCGACUGGACACGCUCAUGCUCCAUGUUUCUUUGAAAACCUCGUCACGUUAGCUGGGUUUUCACCAUCUCCUGCGCUUUUGUUGUGAAGGUCUUGCAUGAACCUGAUUCUGUACCGCCGCUUGUGUUUGUGUGAAUAAAGCAUGCGUGUUUUUUGUUUUACCAGGGAAAGGGGGUCGAGGCUGGUCCUGACCAGGUAGUAUGAAGACUGACUUGUUGUAUGGGGUUACACCGGAUGCUACCAGUGUUCAUAAGGUUAAAGCAAACUCAAAGACCCAAUGAUAUUCCAGCCUGUAUUGAAGCAUAUCUCCUAUACUGCCACCCCUGACAAACCCUAAGAGUUCUCGAGUCCAAACCCCCGGACGCCCAGUUUUCCCCCAUUCGGAGCCCGUCUAAAUAAGCCAACUCACUACCACCCCCCCGGGUAUAUAGUCUAAACUCGCCGCUCUCUGGAACUGAAGUUCAGACUCUCAAGGAUCCCCAUACGUCAGAUGUGUUUUGCACUUUUUUUUUUUUCUUCUUUCCCUUUUUAUUUUUUACUCCUGCGUUUGAAGUGGCUCAGAGGAGCUUGAUGCUGAUGUAUAUUUUUGUGCUAACUACACUUUUGUCGUGGGAAUGUCCAUGUUAACCUAAAGCGCUUGGAUUCGGCUAGAGAACAUCUGCGGGUUUUUGGUGUAACCGCCUCGCGUGGACAAGUCAGGCAUUCCAGGAACGUGGUUCUUUUCAGAACUUGUCUUUUUAAGGGUCGGUUAACUACCUCAGUAGAGAGGAUUCAACUACCCUGCCUGUACUGUAAAUAGGGACACGUCGAAGCAUAGGAGCAGGGCUUGUUUCUUAUGAAAUAUGCACAAGGGCAGCAGAUAUUCUUAAUGUAAUAUAGUCAAUCCGCUGCUGCUCUGACAUUGCAAACAGUGAAACUGGGCAUGCAAACGAAUCUCAUAUGAUGAGCUGGAACAAGCCCUGCUUUUAUCCUCCUUUCAACUGAAUUAGCUGCCUCGCUUCUUCAGAUUAUGUAGUUACUGGGUGUAUGAUUGUAUGAUAGUUUGGAAUAAAAUGUUACUUUUGUAUUGGCUUAAACAUCACAAAUGCAUCCGCUGCAUUUGCUAAGCCCUGCAGUGUCCUUUUUUUUUUUUUUUUUUUUUUUUUUUUUUUUUUCUGCUGGACCGGUCGACGAGCAGUGAAUUAUGUAGGUUUUUAUAAUCAAUCAUGAUGUUAGCGCUCGCCGGGCUUGCUUUCGUUCGCGGGCGGGGGAUGAACUGGUUUUUGUGGGGGUUUAAAAAAAAAAAUUAAAAAUUAAAAAAAAAAGGAUACUGCAGCUUCAGUUUAUAUUCCAUAUAUAGCAAGCAGGUGACCGAACCAUUCAACCGGUUUUGUACACAGUUAACUCCCUCUCGAUAAAGCUGUAACAUUGCAACCUUUUGAAAAGAUGUGUGAGCAGUUUUAAACUAUUGUUGGUGGCCAACAACGUUUUUGCAUUCCAGCAAAUAAAUUGUUUUAUACUGUAAAAUGAGGUGAGUGUAACUUAUUUUUGUAAUAAAGGUUUUGAAUUCUAUCUUAAAA